CGACUAUUUCCCCUCUGAUCGAUUGUCUAUCCUUCCAUUAAUAGUCAGAAACAAAGUGAAAGCAACGUAGUUGAUUCAAAUAAUAUUAUUUAAAAUAUGUUUAAGAAGCGAUAACCUUCACCAUUCAUCAACAAUGGAGUAUGUACUUAGGCUGACAUGUCUAUAGACGACUUAGACCUCAAGAAUGGUCCAGACUUAUCAAUCACCCGUAAGGGUGUACAAGCACCCAUUCGAACUUGUCAUGGCAGUAUGUUACUUUAACUUUUCUCAGUAGCUUAGUUUUGUUUUGUUUUUCUCAAAGAAAUGCUUUUGGCCAUAGUUUUUAUCAGUUAUACAAAGGAUUUGGUUACAGUUAUUAUUAUAGUCUAAGAAUCUCUGACUAAUUAAAGUCUAUGGCAGUAAAUAGUAAAUCUAGACUUACCCACUAAUUAACAACAAUAGUAAUAAUAAGUAGACUAAGUAAUGCUAAACCCACUUGCACUGACCAGAUCACUUAAGUUGACUCACUCAUUGAAUGAUUGUAUGGACUCAAGCCAAAUACAGUAAUAUUUGGCUAACUUGGUCUUGACGGUCUACAAUUCCUUUUCCAAGAUUUAGUUUCAAGCUGCUUGUCACUCUGGCCUUCAAUUUCAGGAUUCAAGGGGAAGCAUUGUCAUCAUUGACAUAUUUUAAAGAAGCUAUCAGUAUGAGUUGGGCUAGGCCCAGUGGCAUACCUUAAAGAAAUGAAACUUGUGGAAGCGCCCAAAAUUCCCCCCCCACCCCGUUUUUCCCCCCUGCUUACUUACAUACACACUACACAGAACUGUUUACUCUUACAGUUUUGGCGUACUGUGUACACUUUUGCGAUGUCUUUUACAAUUGUACGCCAAGACCCGAGGGAACUACGAUUUUAAGAGACUGAGUUGAAAAUAAAUACAUUUCCGUAGUAUUUUCUGAUAAAUAAAAAUAAAAUUUAUUAAAAAGUACUUCUUCGGUUAUUCGUUUUAAUUUGCAUUCGGCAAUUGCAUUCUACUUACCGCAGUGAAUGGAUCAAGAAAUGCGAUUGGUUGUGGACCAUCUAUAAUUAUAUUGCGUUUGCCCUGACGGGAUGAUAAUGUGGGGGGGGGGGUGGAGGGGGGGGGUGUCUUGGCAUAAAGUAUGUAAGUUAUUCCGUAAAUCAUCAGUAUUCAUCCUGAGAGUCCAAACAUAGCAUAUUUAUGGCAAUGGUUUGUAGGAAUUAUUGCCAUGGGGCCAUGUAUUUUCAUAAAUGAACUCGCUAGAUACACUCAAGUACUCGGUAGUAGAGGUAUUACAGUAAUAUUUAGUCUACUGUCUUCAAUGUGCUUGCGAAAUAUAUUUUUUUUGGACUACGCCAGUGGUUCUAAAAUUUUCAUUUCUCAGGGCCUAUGCCUAAUUAAUAUGUUCACCAGGCUCCCUAUGUUAAAUUCUAACAAAUAGCGCAUACCUAAACAAAAUAAAAUAAAGGGUUACGUAAAAAUAAAUAUAACAGGUAUGUUAUAUUCACUAAGUGCCAUCUACUAACUACAAACAGUAGUUCCUCAAGUGGGUUACUGUUUGCACCACAAUUGAAAGAUGUCACAUUGGAUUAAAAGUGGAAAUAAAUUAUGAAAAUUUCUAAAGAUUUUGCAACAUCGUGAGGAAGUCGUAGCAACCCAUAUAGAAAAAUGUGUACCCCAAGGGUGGACCGGUAAAAGGAAUAUUUUUAGUGCCCCUUGUCUUAGUGAAGUAAAUGGGAUUUUAUAGUUUUAUUCACUAUUACAGUCAUUUCUAAAGAUGGUUUUGGCGCCUUUUGCCCUUGGUCCCAUUCUCAUUGCCCUACCAGUGUUGUAUGACGUAAUUUUUUGACAAUUAUUUCUUACGGUUGAACCGCGGCUGUUGAGUGCGGAAACGGAGAAAACUAGCGAAUGCAUUCUUAACUAUUUUGCUCAGCAGUAUUAGAUUUUGAUAUAUUUUAUAGGACCUGGGGGAGCCUUUGAAAUCUCUUUAAGAUAACGCUAAACAGCUGUAUGAUUUUUAAUACCUCCUCUUCCUUUCACCCAUUUACAGCUUGUCGUAGUUAUCAGAAUGUAAUAAGUUAACGGGAAGUAGGCAUAAGGGAUAUUGAUUCUUAGUUAUUACAAAAAUAUAUAUUUUCCUCAAAAAUAAAUCUCAAGUGGCCUGGUAGGUUAUUUGAUUCAUUGUCACAAAUUUCUCAGAUAAAGUAGACAUUUAUCAAACAUUGUCAAAAAUUUGUGAGACAUCCCCCCCCCCCCUUUUUUUAUUUAAAAAGACUCAUGACGUCAUUAUAAUUUGUGAAUGGACCCUGAAAUGGCUAAUAGUAAAUUGACAUUUUUACAGAUUGUAUUUUUAAGUCUCUUAUCAUCGUUUUUUUUUUUAAAUGAAUAGGCCUACUUCUUUUUUCCAGGCUUACGAAAAGCGAUUUCCAACUUGUAAGAUGAUUCCGGUUUUCCUUGGCAGUGAUAUAAUUCAUGAAUUUAAAUCAGAAGAUGGUGCUGAGCACAAUGUAGAGAGGCGUUGCAAGCUCAAUGUUGAUGCCCCUUAUCUUUUGCGAAAGGUAAAUAUUUUUAAAAAUAUUUUUGUCAUUUUACCAUUUUUGUCAUCUUUCUUAUUAUAAUGUUAAUUACCACUCUAUUACAGUUUGUAUUCAAUAUCAGAAAGAUAUUGGGUAAUUCUGGCAGUUAGAUUUUUUUAGAAUAUCACUGCUCAGCAUGACUCCAGAAAGUUGAAGAAAGUGAAAUAUAUCAAAGUUUAAAAUGUAAAUAUUAUUAAGUUUUAAAAUUAAAAACCAGAAUUGUUCACAAAUCUUGUACUUCUACCAAAAUAUCUUUUGAAUUAAAAUAUUUUAAUUAUUACUUAUAAAGGCAGUUGCAUUAAUCAGUGGCAAUAUUAUACUAGUUAUGUAAGGAUAUAUAAAAGUAAUACUUGCUAUAUAGUUUGCACUAACUUAAGGUAGACUCUUUUGAAAAAGGCAAAGAUCUCAAAAAUUGGAUUGCAAUCUUUUUGGGGGGAAAAAAAUUUAAUGAAGUUAAUUUUAAUCAAACUGUGCAAAUAUCAGAAUACGCACAUUGCAUAGACUCUUUUGAAUUAACAAAAUAAGUUGAAAAAAUUUAAUUCACUAUUUUCAUAUUAGACAAGUUAUAUCAUGGAAAAGAAAAGCAUUAGUUAGGUCUGAGUGGAAGGAAUUAGUGAGGCAGGCCAAUGCCCUACAUGUGCUGUAGGGCCACAGGGAGUUAUAUUGGUAAAAUUAUUAUUUUGUUACAUUUUACUAACUCUUUAAAUUUAUAUUAUAUAUCAGUUCAAACUUGAAAAAAAAACUACUAUGUCUACACUAAAAAAAGCUAUUUCAAUUUAUCAAUAAGCAUUGUUUAUAAUUUAUGUUGUUUAUUUUCAGAUUGUUGGAGUUGACCAUGUGAUAUUCAUUCAGAAGAAUCACUUAAACCGCAGAGCAAGGACUUUGGAUAUUAUUGCACACAACGAGAGCUUUUCCUCAAGACUUACCAUCUAUGAACAUUGUCAUUAUUCGGUACUGGAUUUUAUUUUUGAAACAUUUCUUAAGUAUUUGUGUGUUUUUAAGAUUUUAAAGAUAUAUUUAUGUAAUUAAAAUUACAGGUAGUUCUUGAAUUAGCAUUAGUUGUUUAAAAAAGCUUAAUAAUUAAAGAAAAAUAAUUUAUUUUGUAUUUAUAUGUUAACAAUAUGCCAAAUUCAGUGCCAACAGCAUUAUACUAUGAUAAUUUAAAUGAUUAAUAAAAGAAGCUAAACAUUGUUUUGACAAUAUAUAAAAAUGGGGGGUGAAAUCUGUUUGUAACAUCAUUCAGUAAACAAUGCACUAAUCAAUGUUGUGUUGGUGUAGAUACCAGUGUACUAAGUCAUAUAAAUGAAUGCAUUUAGUACUCAUUUUACUGACACUAUUAUCUGAAAGCCCUACCAUCUGUCUGAAAUGAAUGUUUAAAGUGACAUGUGGAAAUAAUGAACUUUGAUGAAAAGAUGGAUGAAUGACAUUUGAAUACAUUUUUGUUAUUAUCCAUACUAUUAUAGUUAAUUGAUGUCUUAUUAAAAUUAACUAUUAUAAUACCUUUUUCACCUAAUUUUUUUUUAAGUCAGUUUAUUUUACAUUGGUAUUCUAAAAAAAAAAAAGGGAUCAUGCUUUUAAAGCAUAUUUCAUGUGUAAAGAUGUUUUCACUAUUGUUUAAAAAUGUUAAACUAGUUUUAUUUAGUUCAUUUAAUUAAAUUAAUAUUUGUAACUGGGUUUAUUGAAAUGCAAUUUCUUUCAUUCAUAUGUCAAUUUAUCAGGUCCAUCCAGAAAAUCCUAAUUGGACUUGCUUUGAGCAGGAUGCUAGCUUGGAUAUUAAACAUUUUUUUGGCUUUGAAAGUACAGUGGAAAAGAUUGCAAUGAAGCAAUAUACAUCCAAUGUGAAAAAAGUGAGACAUUUGAAGAUUGCCUUAACUGUAUAUAAUGAUUUAAUGUUAAAACGAACAAGUUAUUUUAUUUCCAUAUAUAACUUCUAUAUAAUCUUUCUAUGACUUUGUUGGUUUCAGGGAAAAGAGGUGAUUGAGUACUACAUCAAUGAACUGAUUACUGAAGGUGUAACUCAUAUUCUACCCUGGGAUGGCCCUCCAGCUCUAAAAAAAUCUGAAAAAGAAGACAAUCCAAGUCAGGACAGUGGGCUUAGGAGUCGGUCUGAUAGUGUAGGAAGUCAACAAAGCCAACACAGCUUAGUUCUUGGUGCUACAGCUGCAUCCAUCCACAGGAAAUCCCUAACUCCACCUGAGGGUAUUUAAUGUUUACAACUAGAGAUUUAUAUAAGCAGAGCAUUUAAUGGUGAUACAGAGACUAUUUCUUUAAGAUUAUUUUCAGUUAUGAUAUAAUACUUUUCAAGAAAUAUCCUUUAUUUUUUUUCAAUUUAGAUUACAUACAGAGUUCCUUUAACUACCAUUUAAAUUCGUUGAAAAUUAUUAUGUUAAUAUUUAUCUUGGGCACAUACCCAAUCAUUUAAGAAUAAUAAAUUUAUUAAUUUUUAUUAUGAAUAUCUAUUAUUUAAGCAGCACCUUUCUUUUAUUGCCCUUUCCUUUUUUUAAAAAUACUAAUAUGAUGUAAUUAACUAACAAUUUCAACCAACAAGCAGCAAAGCUUUAAUUAAAAUCAAAUGAAUGUUUAAUUUUUAUCAAAUUACAUAUUGAGAGCAAUAAAAAAAUUGUAAACAUUUUACUUUUUUCAUAAUAUAAUUUUGUUGAAAUAUUGAUUCUACGUUUGUGUUUAAAAACAAGAUUGGUUCAACUUUUUGUGGUUUUUAACCUUGUUGUUACUAGAUUGGUUGAUAAUUGAACAUUUUUGAUUCGCUUUGUCAGAUAAGAUUGUUUCAACACUUGUGUUUAACUUUUUAAUACUGGAUUGGUAUGAAAUUCAGUGUUUAAAAUUUUUUUUAUACCUAAGUUCACCUUACAAAAAAAUUAUUUCAACAAUUUCCUAAUUAUCUCUAGCUCUUGCACUGUUGUUAGCCUUUUAUUAUCAGAACUGGUUCAUGUUGCCAACCAAAUUAUAGUAAUAAAGCUCUUAUUAUUCAUCUCCUAAUCCUCUUUUCUACUGAUGUUCUUUAAAAAAUCAUUGUUUUAAUUUACAUUUUUCCAGUUGUCCUGUCAUCAGAGAGUGGAAGUGCCCCUAAAACUGAACCUGGGAUAGACAAGAUUGAUGAUGAUUAUAUUGCCAGAUUUUUGGGUCAUCUUACUACUGUGGAAGAAAGCCAGCUUGUACAGUUAAGAAUGUGGCUUCAAAAAACACACAAGGGCAAGGUGAGAAUUUUCUCAUUUAAAUUUUUAGACUAAGUUCUUGUAAUUCACAUAACAUCAAACUACACCUCCCUUAGAGCAGAUCCAUACUAAUGAUUCACCUUUCUAUUUAUUAACUUAAUAAAACUUGUUGGUUUGAGCUAAUGCAAUAGUUAUAAGCCUUGUCCUAGUUUAUUACUGACAAAAAAAAAAAAAAAAAAGAGUCCUUUUUUUAAAAAAAUGCUAGAUUUUAAUAUUUUUUUUAUUUCUUUAGAUAUUUAUAGACAUAUAGUAAAAUAACAAAAUAUUUUUUAAAGCUAUUUAAAGAAAUAAAAUCUUUAAAGCUUACCUGAAAAUUGUUAGACCCCCAAACCCUAACAUCAACUAUCUUUAGAUUUAACCCUUACAGUACCGGGCCUGUCUUUUUGCAGUGACCUACUUUUUUUCCCUGUGGCCCAAGCGCGUCUUUUUUCACCAGCCGAUUUUUUUUCCCUGUGGCCCAAGGGCGUCUAUUUGUCACAUAGAGGGGUAUCUAAUUUAAACACAAAAACGAGGAUAUAACCUUUCACCAUAGUCUCGGGUAGAAUGUUUAUUCCUUAGGGGAAUAGUCAAAUUUUAAUUUGCUUUUUAAAUUAUGAAAAUUGACCAAUUACUGAGUUUUUUGUGCUGAUCUGUAUUUGUUGUUUCCAUGACGCUAUCUAACGCUAUUGUUGUUGACGCCUUACACCCACUUCAUGAAACCUUUUUUUCUGAAACUUUUAUUGAGCUUAAAUUGGGUUUAGAUGAUUCUGAUGCUGAUAAGGAAGAGGGGGGUAAAAUUGUUGAAGGAAAUAGGCCUACAAUAGCUCAAAAUUUACGCUUAAGGGAGCCUGUAGGUUUGACAGGUUUUAGACCAGUGUCAAUGUAGAUAUUGAUUUAGUAAGAUCAACUGGACACUGUGCCAGCCACACAAUCCUCUAGCGUGCCAUUGCCAAUGAAAAGUUUAAACAAAACACAUUAGUAUUUUUAACACCCUUAUCCAUUUCUGAACAGAUAAUUCUGUACAUGUUAUUAUCCAUUGUUUAAAACAAAAAAGUUACAAAAUAAUUUGCAAACCUAUCAAAUUUUGGCUCAUUUCAAAAUAAUGUCUCGGCCACAGGGAAUAGUUAGCAAAAUAAUAGCUGGUACUGAGGCUAUAAAAAGCAAAAAAGUAGGUUGGUACAUGGUAAACUUUUAUACUUAUGAAAAUAAACAUCUCUAAAUGAUCCAUUCUUAAUAUUAAAUUAAACUGUAGAAAAUGUCCAUAGCACCUUCCUCCACCUGGAUGGGGUUUAAAACUUGCAGAACUAAAACUUCAGUAAAGAAAUACGCUUAUGCCUGAAAUAAUUUGGACUAUUUUAAAUAUUUUUUUAAUGAGCUUUUAACCAGGGAUUGCUGUGGUACAUUAUUUGAAAUUCACACGACACAUAUUAUUUUAAGGUUAUCAAUUAAUUAUUUUAAUUUACAGAUACCAAAAGAUGCUCACAUUCUGAGAUUUUUGAAAGCUAGAGAGUUUAAUGUUGAAAAGGCCCGUGAAAUGUUGGUGCACUCCCUUGCUUGGAGAAAACUGCACAACAUUGAUCGAAUUCUCGAUGGAUACAAACCGCCAGAGGUAUUGGAAAAAUAUUAUCCUGGAGGUUGGCACUACUGUGACAAAGGUAAGCUAUAAUUAAUUGAAUUCAUGGGGGGAAGUGGUAAUUUUAGCAGCUUUAAGACUAUCAUAUUAAUAAAUUUUGGUUGCAUGUUUCAGAGGGAAGGCCAUUAUACAUUAUCAAACUGGGUCAGAUGGAUGUUAAAGGUUUGAUGAGAUCUGAAGGAGAAGAAGCUGUACUGAGACAUGUAAGUCAAGAGCAUUACAAUAGGGCAAACAUAAGUAUUGUUAAUGGGUGGUGUGAACCUGUAGGCCUGCUUAAAUAAACAUAAUACAUUGUCAAUAUAGGGAACAAAUCAAUUUCUGGUGCACUAAACUCUGGUUUAAAAAAGCUUUAUCAGUAGAUCUAUUUCUAAUCCUUUAGAUUUAGAUCUAUUCUUUAUUUAUAUUGUCUCUUUUACUACGGAGCAUAGGUUCUAGCAGUCAAUGAAGAAGGAUUGAAAAGAGCAGAGGAAGCUACUCAGAAGCGUGGAUAUCCUGUUAGGUAGGACACAAGUCUUUGUCAUUUUCUUGUAAGCGUAUAUUUUUUUAUUGAUCAAUAAAUACCUUUACUUCAUUCAAGCUAUUCAAAGUUUGUAUUCUGUUAUUUAUUUUUUUCAUUUUCCUCAUUCAGUGCCUGCACAUGUAUUGUUGAUCUUGAAGGCCUCAGUAUGAGGCAUCUCUGGCGACCUGGAAUUCGGGCCCUACUGAGGAUUAUUGAAACUGUUGAAGCAAACUAUCCAGAGACAAUGGGCCGGCUGCUCAUUGUUCGAGCCCCUCGUGUUUUUCCUGUACUGUGGACACUUGUCAGUCCUUUCAUUGAUGAGAAUACUCGCAAUAAGUUCAUGAUCUAUGGUGGAAAAGAUUACCUUGGUCCUGGUGGCCUUGUGGAGUUCAUGGAAAAGCAAUACAUUCCUGAUUUCCUUGGAGGGGACUGUUAUGUAAGCUACUUGAUUGUAAUUAAGUUUUGCGUUCUUGGUGUCAGGAAAUUAAUGGUACGACUCGUUUACUUUUAUUACUAAAUGUCAUUGGUAAAUUUCGGUUCACGAUGGAUUUUUAUUAAAGUCUACAUUAGGUUUCAAAGAUAGCUUUACAGUAUACCUGGGUAAAAAAAUUGAUGGAAACAAUUUACAUGAAAUUCAUGGACACCUUGACAUAAUUAGGAAUAAAUACAAUUUAGCUACAAACCUUGACCAGGGUAGCUGAAAGGUCCAGAUGUUACUACUUAACUAAAUAGGAAUCUAUAAGAAAUUCAUGGUGAUAAAGACAGUUUUAAAAUUUGGACAUCUAUUUUUAAAAAAAAUAUCAUCCUUUGAUUUAUAAAAGAAUUUACAUUAGAGUAUAAAAAUGUGUCAGAAUGAAACACUGGACUUGCUUUGUGAUUUAUUUUCAUAUACAUUUAUUUCUUAUCAGAAAGUGAAUUAUUUUGCAUUGGUGUAAUAAAACCUGUUUAAUAACAGUGUGAUGUCCCUGAAGGGGGGCUGGUACCCAAAUCACUCUACCAGGAAGAGCUUGUUGACAAGUCUCCAGAAGAACAACCUUUAAGUACAGACAGCUUGUACCAGACUGCAGCUGUAGCAAAGGAAUUCCCACAUGAGGUAAAAUAUCUGAACUCAGUAUUCAAACCUUAGUAGGAUUUUGUUUACACUAAAUAUGGGUUGGUAGAAAUCUUAAUCAGAUAGAAAACAUUUUUGUGAAAACAUCUUUGGCUAGGCAAUUAAAUAUUUUAUAAUGUUUAAAUUUGUAACAAAAUCUAUUAACAAAUGUAUUCUAUUCCUAUGUCAUUCAAUGAAUGUUUCUAACAUUGAUGCCAGGUGUUAAUGGAAGUGCCUGAGAAAGGCAGUGUUGUUACCUGGGACUUUGACAUUCUCAAAGGGGAUGUGACCUUCACAGUGUUUUUGUGCAGGAAACCAAUUUCCCAGCAGCCACACCACCAGCACCAUGUUAGUGGGACAGCAGGCAGUAUAGGAUCUGUGCAAUAUAUUGACAAGACUAUGGUUGUAGGACGUGAUGUCAGCAUUGUGGAGCCUCCUAAUAUAUGCAGGGAUGGAGAUAGUGUACAAGUAAGUCUUCACCGUGAUUAAUACAGUUUUUAAAAUUAGGCAGAUUAAACGUUUUGAAUGUGGUUAGAAUAAUAAAAUAUCAGACUGUGAUUGGAAAUGGAAAAUCUCAUUUUCCAAAUUUUUUUUUGAAAGGGAUCAGUAAUUUGACAUCAAUGUUUUUCCAUUUUAUUAUUUAAAAAAAAAAAAAAAAGAUGGUAAAUUCAAAAUCGAUUGUUGUUAACUUUAAUGCAAAUGUUAAAAAAUUAAAUGCCUUUAACACUGUAUGGACUGGUCACAUGAUUGUGUUGUAAAAUAAGGUGAACCAUAAGUUGAUAGUGGUGGCAAUGCGACAUUGGUUUCCCCUCAUGAUCACAAACUCAAAUUGACAUGAUGUUCUAAAUUUAUUUACACCAUCGACGGCUUUGUAUUUAUUAACCAGUCUAAUUACUACUGAUGAUCUAUCACAAGGGACAAUUUUGUAAAUGAAGAAUCUUGAACAGAGAUUGUAUCUAACAUUUAGAUAUUAUUUACUUGCUUAGAUGUUGAACUAAGCGGUCAUAGUUCAAUUACAUUCUUUCCCUUUGGUACUAAUUCAGCCACUCUGAAUAUUUGCCCAACAAAUUACAAAUCACUAAAGAUAAGCGGUUGAGCUACUCAAAUGAUAGUACAUCUUAGCCGUGAGCUCAAUGAUUAUACUGGUCAUAUUUUGCUAACAUUUAGCUCAAUGAUGACUUGUCACAUUCUCUUACUUUCACUCGUUCAGGGCUCUCAUGUAACAUCUCAGCCUGGCAACUACAUCCUCCAGUGGAAGUAUUUUGAUACCACCAAGCCUUCAUUUGACUUUCCCUUAACAUCUCACAAGUCAAGAGUUAUGUACCAUUCAGAGCUGCUACCAUCUGCGGCUUUCAGGUUUGCACAUACAGUAUUCGUUAAGUUAAAGAAAACAUCAGUUCAUUUGAUAGUUGAAAAAAUUAAGGAAUGUGUAAAAAUGGUCUGAUAACACAUUUAUUGCAACCAUUUAUCCCCAUCUCCUUAUAUAUCCUCAUAAGUAAAGUAAAGUACUGCCGAGGUGGGCUGAAUAUUUUGAGGGCAUACUAAAUGCAGACAAUGGACUAGAUGAAGAUUAUCAACCACCACAUGGAGGACCAGACCCUUUAAUAAACUCCCCAACUCUGGAAAAAACUACAGAAGUAAUCAAUUCUAUGAAGAACCACAUAGCCCAUGGAGAAGACCUCUUCACAGCAGAUCUUAUUAAACAUGUAGGAAGUGAACUACACGCUCAGAAUCAUAAACUUAUACCUAAAAUUUUGCAAGAAGAGAAACUACCAACAGGAUGGGACACAGCACUAAUUACCCCAAUACACAAGAAAGGUUCCAAACUUCAAUGCACAAACUACAGACGAAUCUCCCUAUUAAAUGUUACAUUAUUGACAAAUCUAAUUGCCAAAAGAUUACAAACAUACACUGAAAAAAUACUAGGUGACUACCAAUGUGGAUUCAGACAAAACAGAUCAAUGUCUGAGCGGAUUUUCACCAUCAGAUGCUUAUCAGAGAAGUGUUAAAAAUAUAAUAUCCCAGAACAUCAACUCUGUGGAUUAUAAAAUAGCCUAUGACAGCCAACCCCUUCAGCAUCUUGCAUAUGCUGAUGGCAUAGCACUGUUAGGGAAAAGUAGUAAAGACAUGUAAAAAGCCUUUAUUAAAUUAGAAGACACAACUCUACAAGCACGACUGGAAGUUAACAACUAAAAAACUAAAUAUAUGACCAUGCAAAGAGAAGAGCAGACAGAUGGAACCAUUAAAAUUUGAAAAAAAUAAAUCAAUUCAAAUACCUAGGAUCUUUAUUAAAUGAAAGAAAUGAAUUACUAACAGAAAUAAAAGAAAGAAUAUCGGCAUGAAACAGGGCAUACUUCAAAAUUCAGAAAAUACUCAAAAGUAAAAACAUUACAAGAAAAACAAGAAAACUAUUUAUAAAACUUCAAUCAGACCAUUUGUAACAUACACAAGUAAAACUUGGUCCCUAACAAAAACAGCAAGAAAACCUAUUAAACUUAAGGAGAGAAGAGUUCUCCAGAAAAUAUAUGGACCAAAAGAGGAUGAAUAUGGAUGGAGAAUAUGAACUAACCAAGAAUUGUAUAGUCUAAAUCAGGAUCCCACGCUAGUAGCAGAAAUUAAAAAAUAAAAGGGCAGGUUACGCUGGGCGGGACACUUAGUAAGAAUGCCAAAUGACAGAGGAGUAAAGAGAUGGACGAUGUGAAAAAAUAUCUACGGCAGCUGGGAAUCUAAGCAUGGAAAAGAAAAGCAUCAGUUAGGUCUGAGUGGAAGGAAGUGGAGAGGCAGGUUAAGCCCUGUUUGGGCUGUAGCACCACAGGGAUGGGAUGGAUGGAAAAAAAUGGCAAGAUAACACAUUUAUUGCACCCAUUCAUCCCCAUCUCCUUAUUUAUCUGGCUUCUCUAAUAAAGUAUUUGUUUUGUUAUUAUGAAAGAGAAAUGUAAUUAGAUUACAGAAUAGAUUUUAGCAUUGCUGGAAACUAAAUAAGACAAAUAAUAUGACAAUGAAAAUGACAGGAAUCACCUGAUGUCAUUUGGUUGGAUUUAAAUAAUUUAAUUGUGUACACUCACUCCCCUUGACAAUUGAGAAUGAAUUAUAAAAUUUUACUCUGUAGAUUUGUUUGCCAUUAAAAAAACUAAUUUCAGAAUUUCUGUGCAAAGAUUUCAGUGUUCUCAUUUCAUCAGUAGCCACUUCACAUGUUGUAAAACAAUUAUUGAAAAUCACCUUUUAAUCCUAUGCUUUAUUAAUUUCAGGGGAUCUAUGACGAGUUUGCAGUCAUGCCAGAGUGGUUUCUCCUCACUAUCAGCAGGCACAGCCAGUAUCCAAUCUAUUGCAGGCUCCUCAUGCCCAUCCAGGUGACCUGACAAUGUAACACACUAGUGCUGUAGGCUAAUAGUCCACUAACCUUUGACCUGUGUGAGACAUCAACAGUUGCUUGAAUUUCCCUAAGUUAUUUAACACCAAACCUCAAAGCCCCAUCAAAUUGAUCAUGAGAAGUUCAGUUUGAGUAACAUUUGAGUACACAAAAAAUUAUUUCAACUGAAUUUACUCUUUGCCUUUGUCAUAAUUUUUUUUGUUUCUUUGUAGUGUUUUUUUUAUGCCAGGUAAAUUAAUUAUGUAAAGAAAAAAUAUAUUAAUUUAAAAGUGUCUCACAAACUAAUGAAUUGUUUUGGAAAAAUACAUUCAAGGAGAUGAUUUUAAAAAGUUUUUUUUUUAAAUUCCCCUGGCAAGAUUAUGAAUUUGUGAUGGUGCAAUGAACCGUUAUGUUUAAGCUGUAUAAAAGAUGCAAAGUUUUAUAAAGCUUGAAUAAAGUAGGGCUGCUCUAUCCUUGUUAAAGUGUACCCUACUUUAUAAAACGUUAUCUUUGAUCCUCCGUUUUUUAACAUUGAAGUAUUCGCACCAUGACUUAGACAUAGGCAAAGAGUUCAGGACAUUAACUUCAACUGUUGAAAUCUUAAGCUUGGUUUAACACAAGUGCAUGCUAAUGCUUGUACGCUUGUAGAAACAUACUCGCAUGAUGUUAUUGUAUGAAUGUUGUAAAUAAUAAUAAAUUGGUUGGAUCCUGAAGUGUCUCUAUUAUUCUUUCUUAUAUUACUUCUCUGGUUUUGGUUCUAUCCUGGGGGAGAUAUUUAUAUUUGUUACGAGUAUCUUAAUUCUAUGCUGACAUGUAAUGUAAUUCUAUAUUGACAUGUAGUAUGACUCUAUAUUGACAAGUAAUGUGAUUCUAUACUGACAUAAUAAAAAGUAUUUCUUUGUCAAUGUUUCUAAGAAAAAAUUUUGUUUCUAAAUCCAUAGUCAAAGUGCAAUACCCUUUUUAAAUUGCAACCAUUUAAAAAAAAAAAAACAACCAUUAAAAAUAUUAGAAAAUGGUUUCUAAAAAAGGGAUUUUGAACAAAAUUCUUAAUUGUGGCUUAAAAAAUGUAUAGUGUAUUUUAUAAAAUAAAAAGGUAAGCAGUUUAGCAUCACACACAUAUUAAACAUAUUAAUAUGGUGGAUGCUCUCAUUCUAAAGCCUGUUUUUUUUUUCUUUCAUAAAUUUUUAAAACAUGACAUUAAAACUUCAUUUUAUUGCAAGAAGAAGAAAAAAAUAAUAAUAUUUAAGGUAAGUUAUUAAAUAUUAAUAUUUUAAAGCUUCUGGUAACAUAUUUGAAUAUUUUACAGUGUACAGUAAACUAGGACCUUUGCAAUCUAAAAUAAAAAUUAGUAACAAAUGCAUUAUUCAAUGUUCCCUGGAGAAAUUUAUAUAAACCUCUUAAGAUCUGCUCAUAAGCUACCACCCCAUUUGUUCCCCUGAAAAAGUUGUUUUUAAUAGGUGGCUUUAGAUGAGUAUAUAUGGUAAUCAUAACUGGAUUUAAAAUGUCAAGAAUGGCUCCAAAGGAUAGAUUGUAUUUAAACUUUAGUUUAAGUCUAUUUUUAUUAAAGUUUGUUUAAAUACAUUUUGUACGCUAAAAACAAACAAAAGACUUUUCCGUACUAGAUCCUAUGUUAAUUAUGUUAAAUAAAUUAAUGCAUAUGUGCCAUUAAACAAAGCUACAUACAUUUGUAUAGAAAUUUUUAAAUAUAAACUGUCUUCUUUGAUAUUAAGCUAUAAGCUGGUAGGAGAUGGGGACUUCCUUAUUGGGUUAGACCUCCUCCUGGGGGGUGAGACUCGAUUUUAAUAAAAUCUAUCUAUGUAUUAAUUUAAAGCAAUUUGUUGCAUCAAAGCAAGAUAGAUUUAUUUAUUGCUAUAAUAUAACGUUUCACUUAUUUUAAAUCAAAUGUAAACCAUUUUUUUUUUAUCUGAAAAUUUAGGACUUUUUAAACUUUCAUAUACUUGAAUGCUGUCAUAUAAUAUUAAUCAUCUGGUCAAAUUUCACUUCCUUUUUUAUCUUUUCAUUUUUUUGUUUUGUGUCAUUUACUUUUGUGUUUUCACUUGCCCCUCAGUGAUAGAUUGUUAUCAAAUGUGUUUGAAAACAUAUGAAAAGACAAAAAAGGUCUAGAAGAAGGGUGGGGCUUCAUUGAAUACCAAACAAACUAAUACAUUUUUCUGCUAAAUCAAAGUUGUCUUCAGCAUAAAAAACUUAUGAUUUUUUUUCUAUGCUUUUAAUUUCAAGGACAUGUUUUUUAAAUAGCCCAAAUCAUGAAUUGACAAUAGAAAAAAAGACAUCAUUUAUACACUCACAUUUAUUUUUUAAUAAAUUUUGUAUAUUAAAUUGAAAUUUAUAAAUGAUUAAGAUGUAGAAUCUUAAUUUUUAAAAAAGAAAGACAUCCGUGUAUAAACAGAUAAUUUUAAAAAGUUUGAGACUGCAUAGUAUGCAGUGAUUUUAUAUUAUAACAAUUAGUUGUCAUUGUUUCAUUGUAAGUGUUCAGUGGAUGUGAGAUCAAUCACUUUCCAUAGUAUUUUUUUUCAGUGGAUGUAGUGUCAAUCACUUCGCUGUAUCUGUUAGUUAGUGAAUGUGCGGUCAAUCACUUCCUUGUGCCUGUCAAAGGAUGUGCUAUCAAAUCAUUUUCUUGUAUCUGUUCAGUGGCUGUGCUGUCACUUCAUAGUAUCUGUCCAAUGGAUGUGCUAUCACUUCAUAGUAUCUGUCUUAUGGAUGUGCUGUCAAUCACUUCAUAAUAUCUGUCCAGCAGUUGUGCUGUCUCUCAAGCAGUUUUCUAUAUCCAGUUUUUGUCCUUCAAUAAUUUCAAUCCCUUUUCUUUACCUAUACACCAUAUAUAUAUAUAUAAGCAUCGGGACAUAAGUUUUAAAAUUAUAUACAUUAUCCUUGUGACUAAUAUGAAAAUAUAUUUAGAUUUCUGUUACACAGUGACACUGAAUUGUCACCUAUUUAAUGAUGCACUUGCUUAUCCAACUGUUUAAAAUGUAUUUGAUGCAGAUCUGAUCACAGGAUUAUCUUUCUUCUCUGCUUGUUUUAAUAUUCUUGAGUAGACAACUGCAUACUCGUUAUGAUAAAAGGGGAAUGUUAUUGAAAGAUUUCUUUUGAAAUAAAUAAAUGUUUAUCGAACACACAGUCUUAUCUUUUUGUCUUAUUUGGGUGGUGUUGUAUAAUAUAUAUUCAUUGUGUUGAUGGUGUUCGUAGGAGAUAAUUUUUUAUCGAUUGUUUAUAAAAGCUUAACCUUUGUAUAAGAAAUAAACUUGAUCUAAUUUGUUCUUAGUUGUUUUUUUCUUAAAAGGGUUUAUACUUACCGGGUUGCACUGCUUUUUUCUUAUUGAAUCCUCUUGGGAAAAAAAAUGUAAUUUUUUUAAUAUAAAUUCACAAUAUGUUUAUAGCUUCUUAUUUAUUUCAAGUUUAAAGUUCUUUUUUUAAAGUUUUUUAAAAAUAUAUUUUUAUAAUACUAUUUCUUUAAUUCAUUAAAUUCAUAAUCUUAAAGUCAUUGAAAGAAAGAUUUAGGUUUUCAUUGAAGUUAGGUAACCGGAAAAUAUACAGUGUUUAGCGAACGUUAGAACUAGUUUGAGAAUCAUGAAAAAAGACCUGAACCCACCUGACUUGAAGGCAGUAGUUGUCUUAAUCCAUAAAAAAACAAAAAACAAGGAGUGUAUGUAUAGGAAAUAAUGAGUAAAUUUUCAAAGACUACUUUCUCAAAAUUUAAUUAAAAUAACUAUGCUUAGUGUAAAUGUUUCUGUUCCUCAUUUCAGUUGUCUCAUAUAUAAGUACACAAAACGGUCACUAAAAAUAAAAGCUACAUUUUAUUUGAACUAUUAAUCGCCUUUUGUGUGACUGACCAUCUAUACAAAGAAGGGGAUUUAAAUUUAUUUUGUUUAUUUUUCUAUCUCUAAAAGUUAAAAAAUCCUAUACCUGUAAUAUUGUCAGCUCCAUAAACUUGUGCUUAUAUUAGAUAUUAAUCAACUUUAAAAAACAACAGUGGUGUGUAUAAUUAUCUCAUGAGUAGGGAGACACAAAUAUCUGCCAAAAUAAUUUUAUUUAUACUUUAAUUUUAUUUUUCCAAAUUAUAAUGCCAAAAUUUGUGAAACAAUAAUCUGUUCAAAUGUAUAUUGCCAAAAGUUAAUGGCUUCAAUAAGAAAUACAUUUCGCUAAAUAUUUUUUAAGAUGGAUCGUGCUUCAUAUUUACUUUAAGUUUUCUACUAUAAAUUUUAAUUAAACUUUCAUUUAAGAAAUAUAAAAUUCCAUAGGUUAUGAAUUUUAUUAUCCCAAUAAAUAUUAUUUUUAAAUAAAUAUCAGUAAAAAAAUCUGUGUUCUUGACACUUUAAUUUUAAUAACAUCUUGAUAAAAAUAUCAUAUUUAAAAUAAUGUUUAAAACACCACCAUUUCUAACUCAUGCUUUCAUUUUUCAAAAUUAUUUUUGUAGAUCUCUGAAGGUUCCACCAAGAUGACCCAGCUCAGAUGAUAAUUCUACUCUCAACACAAGUGAUAGUUAAUUUAUAAGUGAACAAUGUGUUCUUUUAAUUUAAAAACUUCCAACAUGGAAAAAGUUGAGAGGCAAUAUUUUAGAAGUGAAUUAUUCUUGAUAAUUCAUCUAGAUUAGUUUACUGCAAUGCAAUUAAAUAUACCCUAUUUGAAUUAAGCAUUUAACUGAAUAAACAGUCUUAGUGACACUUAGUCUUUUGGUAAAAUAACAUAAUUUGUAUUAAAAAGUGAAUCUGAUGUAAACCUCUUCACAAGCUAAAUGGAUUUUCCUAAACUUAAUAUCUUUUUAAAAAAAGAGUUGAAUAAUUUUUAAAUAUCUUUUAUUACAAUAUGAGCUAAAAUUUUGAUAAAAAUCUAUUGAAAUUUUGCUAAUGCAACCUAAUAUGCAAAAAUCUCAGUUCAUUUUUGCCUAGAUUUUUUUAGAGCAAACAACAAUGAUAAUUAAUUAAAUAACUUAAUUUAAUGGAAAGAUUAUUUAAGAACUAAACAACAAAUGUACAUGGCAGCACUUGUUAGAUGGCUUUUUUGAUUCACUGGCUUAACUGUGGCAUAUGCUGUAGAAAGUUAACAUCCUCAUGCAGAAAAUAUAUAUGAUGUUAUAAACUUUCUAACAUACCGUAAAUGGUAAAACUUUCAUGAAAUGUUAUAAUCAUACA